UCUCGUUCCUUAAGAGGGAUCGGGCCGGGGUCUCUGGGCAGAGAUCGGGCCAUCUAGGGUUUCUAGGUUUUACGCUCAAUAGAUUGGAAUUUUCCGAGCCGUCGUUUUUUUAAAUUUCUCUUAAGCGCCUGUAAUCUUUGUAGAUCGAUCGAAUUUUAGUUUUCUGUGGAUGUCUAGGUAUUGUUUGUGCUGUAUAUUUACUCUCAUGCUCGAUUCUCAUCUAGGGUUUCGUUUUUCCAAGGGUUUGGUGCUUUGGAGAUCCGAGAUUUUGUGAGAAUUAUGGAUUUUGAGCCUUAAAACGGGGUGAGGAAAGUUGGGUUUCUCAAUUUAUUGUUGUAUGAAAGGAAAGUCCGUUUUUUUUGUCAUUUUUUAUAGCUUUGAUGUGCCUGGGAAAUGUGAUUUUACUGUUGCUUAAUUGAUGCUUCUAUUUGGUUAUAUUGAAUGAUAGAUAUCGGCAUCUUCUGAUUUGAAAACAGUUCACCAUAAGGUUUUAGAAUUCUGCCGUUGUGAGUUUAGAUUAGGGUUAAAUGGGUGAGGGGAGGAACUGAAUGGUUGAUUUUUAUGUGUUUUUACUUGUUUUCACUUGCAUUAAGCUUUCAAUUUCUUAUCAUAAUAAGAUUUUGAGAAGCGGAUUGAUCAAUUGUGGUUUGGUUUUACUUGUUUUUAUACCCAUUACGCUUUGUAUUUUGUGCUUGUAGGAAGCCGUAGAAGCUGAAAUGAUGGAUGUUGAAGGGUUUUUAUCUGUUGUUUGUAUGCAGUACACUUCAUACCUUGUUGCUUAUGGUUCUUUUUGAGAAGCUGAGUAAUGAGUUCAGUGAGCUUUUACAUGGUUGGGACACGGGAGAAAUUAGCCAGACCAUUUGGUUUCAAGCAUUGAAGAAUUGUUUGUUUCAGUUAGUAGAAGUGUACAUCGUGUUGUUGGUGGUCCUGGGUGAAGUAUUUAUACUUGGCAAGAUCAUUUAUGUGUAGAUAAAACUCAGAUAAUGGAAUGCAAUAGGGAUGAGGCCCUCAGGGCAAAAGAAAUUGCUGAAGGAAAGUUCAAUGCAAAGGACAUUGUGGGUGCCAAAAAAUUUGCUUUGAAGGCCCAAAAUCUCUUUCCGUCGCUCGAAGGCAUCACCCAGAUGAUAGCAACUUUUGAUGUUUAUCUUGCAUCAGAAAUGAAAGUAAAUGGAGAGAGCGAUUGGUAUGCAAUUCUCUGUUUGGAUGCUUCAGCUGAUGAAGAGACCAUGAAGAAACAGCACAGGAAGCUAGCUCUCCAGCUUCACCCUGAUAAAAACAAAUCAAUAGGUGCCGAAGGUGCUUUCAAGCUUAUUUCUGAGGCAUGGAGUGUUUUGUCUGAUAAUAGUAGGAAAAUGAUGUAUGACCAGAAGAGGAACGUAAAAGGAUUCCAGCAGAAAGUUUCUCAACCAGAUAGAGAUCAUUCUGUUCCUAAUUCUUCCAAUGGUUUCUACAGUUUUGCCAACAACACAAAAUCCAGUAAAAGAGCUCGCAAGAGCACCAGUGGUGGGGUUCAAUCUUCUGCCCCUCCUCCUUCUCGUCUGUCGGGACUUGAUACAUUCUGGACCUCAUGCAACCGAUGCAGGAUGCAGUACGAAUACCUCAGAGUAUACCUUAAUCACAACCUUCUAUGCCCCAACUGCCAUCAAGCCUUCUUGGCUGUUGAGACCGGGGUUCCUACUAAUGGACCUAACUCCUCUAUUUCUUGUUCAACUAAGCAGCACCAGCAGAACUCAAAUCAUAAUUCUUCAAUGAAGAAUGCUUAUGGUCAUGGGAGUAACUCCACCUUUCCAGGAACAGGACACCCAGGAUUCCAUCAUGGAGGAAAUGUUGACUCCUAUAGCAGCACAAACUUCCAAUGGGGUUCAUAUACUAGUUCAGCUGGUGUUGCUUGCUCAACAGACUCCGCUGCUCGGGCUGCAGAUACGAUUCAUCAGACAUUUGAGAGAAUAAGAAGAAAAUAUGAGGAAACACAAGGAACCAUUAGAAGCGAAGAGGCUCUUCAGAGUAAGAGUUAUGUCUCAAAUAACACUUUUAAUGGUUCUGUAAGUUACGAUGCUUGUGCAAGUGAACGGUCUGCUUCUAAGGUUGGCAGACCUGCAAAGAGAAGAAGAAACAAUAGUGGCAACACUGGCCAUGGCGGAGAUGGGACAGAACAAAUGGCAACAGGGACUGGAAAAACUGUUGCUUCUGAAUUGGAAAGGGCUAAUGGUGUUUAUGGGGAUUAUGGUAAGGUUAGAGUGACUGCCAGGCAGAACAAUUUCAGCAGGGAGUAUGCACAAGUUGACAUUAGGAGAAUUCUGAUGGAGAAGGCUAAAGCGGCAAUUCAUAAGAAGUUGGAAGAUUGGAAUUUGGAUGCAGCAGCCAAACUGGCGGAGAAGGAAAUGUCAAAGCAGAAACACAAUCAAAAGGAUAAGGAUAAUGAAAAUGUAGCAGAUAGGUUUAAUGGGGUUGUUGCUGAUAAAACCCAGUCAAAUGACUCCAGAAUUGGCAAAAAACAAUUUCCUGGUACCAACAAAGAUUCCGCCGAUGACUGUAAUGUAGAUUUAGGUAAGGAAGCCACUCAACCUAUAUCAAUUGAUGUUCCUGAUCCUGAUUUCAAUGAUUUUGACAAGGAUCGUACAGAAAGCUGUUUUGAUGCUGAUCAAGUAUGGGCUGCUUAUGAUAAUGAAGAUGGUAUGCCUCGUCUAUAUGCCCUGGUCCAAAAAGUCAUCUCACUAAAGCCUUUUAAGAUUCGCAUGAGUUUUCUCAACUCAAAGUCCAAUGAUGAAUUGGGUCCAUUAAACUGGGUCACCUCCGGUUUUUCGAAGACGUGCGGAGAUUUCAGGGUGGGAAGAUAUGAAGUCAGUGAUACAGUCAAUAUAUUCUCUCACAGAGUUAGAUGGGAGAAAGGACCUAGGGGAGUUAUUAAAAUUAUUCCUAGAAAAGGUGAUAUCUGGACACUUUACAAAAACUGGUCUCCGGACUGGAAUAAGCACACACCUGAUGAUGUUAUAUACAAGUAUGAGAUGGUGGAAGUGCUUAAUGAUUAUGAUGAGGAGCACGGUGUGUGUGUCACCCCCUUACUGAAAGUUGCUGGUUUCAAAACAGUGUUCCAUCGACAUCUAGACCCAAAAGAGGUUAGAAUGAUCCCAAGAGAAGAGAUGUUUCGUUUUUCCCAUCGGGUUCCUUCUUAUUUGCUUACAGGUGAAGAAGCUGAUAAUGCUCCAAAAGGUUGCCGUGAACUGGACCCAGCAGCUACUCCUUUCGAACUUCUUCAAGUAAUUACAGAAGUUAAGGAAGAUGUGGUGAUGGAGACUGCUGAAUAAGAAUCUAGUUGAUGGUGGUGUCUGUAGGUGCAACUUUCUGAUGCCAAAAUAAUGAAAUAGUUGCCAUGAACUGUACUAGUUGAUUGAAUGAUGGAAGGAGCAGGGUCUACUUUGAAAGGCGCCUAUUAAUUAACCGAUUUUAUUGGACUUGUUUGGCUUUCUUUUAGCUUCCCUUCACCUGUCCCAUAUAUGAAGAGCAAGAGGAAUCGGGUUUGGGUGAGCAAUGAAUCUACUCGUACUUCCUUACUCUAGUGGUAGUUCGAGCUCGCUUCUCAUAACCUUAUUGCUACUUCUUGAAUCAGAUCUCUCUCCCGAGCCAGCAAUUAAACAUUCAUUGGACUCCAAAAAUCUAUGACGUCAUCUGUUUUACCUUUUUGGCUGGUGACUUGGAUUAAGAUGCGAGGUUGAACUUAUUGUUUUGCAAUCUUUUAUGAUAGUCAUCAUUGGGCAUAUCUAACCUUUAUCUUAUCUCAAAAUGGAGAUUAUUUGGACGAGGUUCUCAGAAUUGGUUUGUGGAGACUUCAUGGUUUGAUGCCAGAGUCUUGUUAUGGUGUUUUCACCUUUGUAUGAUUAGCAAAGUGAAUGUUUCUCAAGUACUUGUUCCAGCUACUUGAUUUGCCAACACAGAUAAGAUUCCAGAUGUAUCCCUACCUUACGUGUUCAUUUACUUGUUGUUAUGUAUUUCUUGGAGGCAUUUGCUCCUAGUUUCCAAUAUGUUUGAACUUCAUGAUUCUGAUUAAAUGCUGAAAGUACAUCAGAUUCUAUGAUAAUAUCAAGUAACUCAUUUCAGUGA